AUGGCUCCCCACGCCCCCGUCUCAGCAGCCACUGGCUUCAGUUCCGAACAACAACAACAGCAGCAACAACAACAACAACAACAACAACAGUCUUUGCUCCCUACCGGAAGACUUUCGGUAUAUCAACGGCCCGCAGCCUCGCCUAGUCAGGUCAAUUCUACCAGAAUAGCGCCUCACAGUUCCGGGUAUCAUCUGUCUACUACGUCUCCUUGGUCUCAUCCUUACGCACGGAAGCAAAAUUUGCGCCACUACGCAAUACCUGCCGCUUCGCCCUCUAACCACCCCAAUCGUCCGCCAGUUCCUCUCUUCAACGACAACUCUACAAUUCCCAGACUUCACAACCAGAUCCUCAAGAAACAGCACCUUUACUACCUUAGAAGAUACCAAAACUACCUGAAUAAGCAAAAUCACCGUCGCAAUAUGUCUACUUCCAACAUUCCAGAUCUACCCGAACUCUUCGAUUUCCAGCCUGGCUCCAUGGAGUCCACUCUGCUCUCUCCCGAGAUGCUCUCUGGCAACUUCUACAGCCAGGGAGUCGAGGCCGCUCCUCUGGGCACAGUCUCGCCUCAAGAUCUUUUCCUGGACUCCUCUUCGGCUCUCGCGGCUCCUCCAUCGUCCACUUUCACAGAUAUGAGCACUCCUCCAUUGGCUGAUCCUGGCAGCUUCAGCCAGAACACAUCUCCCUUGUUUACCCCGGAGAUGGACUUGAUCACUACCGUUGGUGAAUGGGAAUCCUUGUUUCCCCUCACACAGGAGAUGAACCGUCUUGAACAGCCUCUUGACAGUGUGGAGAUGAUCCCCGCCAUGGAUUCAAUUGAGAUGAUUCCUGCCCUGCCGCCUACCAAGUCGAUGGGUCCUCCACGUUCUCCAGUCAUCCGCCAAAGCACCUCGCCCGCUCCUUCGACUCCGGCCGAGGCUUCGACUCCGGCUAAGGCUCGCACUACUACUCGCUCUGUCUCGCCCCGCGCCAAGCUCUCCACUGUCGCUGGAGUCAGUCGUCGCAAGAAGCCACUUCCGGAGAUCAAGUACGAUCCAAAGGAUCCCGCCGCUGCAAAGCGUGCUCGCAACACUGAGGCGGCUCGAAAGUCUCGUGCUCGCAAGUUGGAACGACAGGAAGAAUUGGAACUUCGUGUUGCCGAACUCGAGAAAGCCCUCUCUGAUGCGCAGGAGAGCGAGCUGUUCUGGAAGACGAAGGCCCUCGCCAUGCAGGGCAACUAA